AUGUCGCCAAGGCGUGGCACAGUCGGUGGAGAGGGCAGCCAGAGUGGAAGUCCAGUGCACACCUACGCUGAAGACAUCUCCAGAUCUUCUCCCUCCUGGUCUCUCAGCUCGAGUGUUGACACUGACAGCUGUGUUUCAAGGGAGAGUGACACUUCUGAGAAAAAAGGCUGGGAAGAGUCGGAAGGGAACGAUCUCAUCUGUGAGAGCCCUCUGGACCUGAGCGCUGAGCCAGCAGAAUCCAAAGAAGACCCAGCAGCCGCAGUGACAGAGGCCACCUCUCAGAAGCUGGCUUGCCCGGCAAGAAGGGAUCGACCUUGGACGGGCCGAAGAGGCCGUAACCAACUCAAAGACAGGAGGAGGAGACGUCAGAGGAAGGAGCUUGGAGAGAAGGGAGAGGAGCGCAAGACCAAGGCGCUGCAGAUUUACUCCAAGUUGCAGGAAGGAUACGAGGCAGCUCAGCCCAGCAAGUCAAGUAGUUGCUCCAGGUUUGAGGACUUUGAUUUUCUGGCCAAGUAUUGCAUUAUUAGUCCAGAGAAGCUUACAGCCUACAAAAGUGCUUUUGAAGUGGUGGACAGUGAUGGCGACGGCUAUCUCUCCUGUUUCCAAGUGCUCCUGGCGCUGAAAGAGAUCAUCCCUCCAGAACUGCUGACCGAAGAGGAAGAAAUCUACGUGUAUAGGAUUCUGGAGCUGGUUGAUUUCAGAGUGACGGAGGGUCUGACAGAUUUGCGCCUGUUUGCUGUGGUAGCCAGUCUGGCCCAGAAAAUAGCCACACUAGAUGAUUUCAUGCGUUCCCUCAUCAGCAAGAUGGACUUCAAAUCUUUGGAGAUGAAGCUGUACAAAGCCAAGCAAUUGUUCCUGUUCUUGCUGGAGGGACAGGCAGGGGGCGCCGUGACAGCUCAGGGCUGCAUCAGCGCUGAACAGCUCCUGGUGGAGUUAAAGGCGGGAGGAAUCCGGGAGGAGCACGAGGAAGCAGUCAGGCGGGAACUCCGCAGCCUUCGCUCUCUUGACCUGCUGGACUUCCUAGCCCACCUGCCCCUCUUCAUCCUCAUCCACAACUCUGUCAUCGCCAACCCACUGGACGACUCCAGCAACCUCUGACACCGAGGCUGAUCCUAGAAACUGAAGAUGUGUCUCAAAUCAUGUACAUAGAGUAGUAGCCACUUUAAAGGCACCUUAAAGUGGGGAAUGCGAUAAGAGUGCAGUGUUUUAUGGCUAGAACAGCUGAGAAAGCAUGUAUGGGUAACACUAUUAUGUAGGGGGCAUUAUAACACCCUUCUAAUGCUCAUAUUAAGCCUUAUCAAGCCAACAGCUGCUAAUUAACUAGUUACUUUAUUAAAGGUGCAAUUUGUAAGAUUUUUUUUAUUUAAAACACUCAUAAUUACCUAAAAUUAUCAACAGAAUGUGAAGAAAUACAAAUUUUGACAUUACGACAAAGACAUCUGUGUAUCGUGUUGGAGAGAUAUCUACUGAAGUUAGCAUGCUAACCAGCUAGCCCCAGCCCGUCCUGUCCCAUAAUAUCACUUUGUACCUCAAGAGAUGAUUGUCAGUCACUGUAGUGUCGAGUCUACCAUUAUUCCAACAUGAGAAGAUGAAGAAGCAGCUGCCCCGAGGGCCUGUUCUAACCUCUUGUCAAUCAUGUUGAAGGUACCGCCUCCAGUUAGACCAUUUAAGAACAGGUAGCCAAUGGGAGGAACAGUAAACUCAAUGGUGGCUGAAGCUCUUGGUAAGUGACCAUUAUCACCACUCAUGGCAAGAAACCACAUUCAGCUGGCAAGCCGAGGCCAUUUAAGGGGUUAAAAUGCUUUGGGUCAAUACCUAACCUGUUAGACUGGAUCAAAUCAGUUUAAUAAGAGCAUUACAAAGGCAUUAUAAUGUCCCCCUACACUGAAGUGCACUGCAGGUUGCUGUAUGUAACAGAAGGGGAGGAGCCAUCAGAGGCUGUUGAGAUUUUUUUAGGCUUCACUUUUAAAAAUGAUAUUUUUCCAAGGGUACUUUAGUAACGAAAAUAGUUCUGUGUAGAACCCUGAGCACUCAAAGAACCCUUUGCAUGAUUAAGGGGGUCUUUG